AUGGAGUUCAGCACAGACAGCACUUCUCCUCAAAAGGAAUCGUUCCAGCCAAAAGAGGAAGAUGCCAUGGGAGAAGGACCUGCCGGGGAAUCCGGCGAAGACACCCAUUUGCAAGAGGAAUCAUUCUCGCACGGGCCAGAGGACGAAAUUUACAUGGAAAAUUCACCUGUUGUGGAAAGAGCACCUGCUGCCGUGGAGGAGACAACUGUCACGAACAAGGCGUAUGAACCUUCUGUGACGGAAUGGUCACCUAUUGCGGAAGGGUCACCCAUCGGGGAUGGGGAAGGGUCACCCAUUGUGAAAGAGUCACCCGAUGUGGAAUGGUCACCGAUCUCGGAGAAAGAACCUGUCCUCGAAGGGGAGGCUGUCGAGGAAAGAGCAUCAUCUCCUUCCAUCGAAACGCCAUAUUAUCACGUCGAUACGCCACCCAUUGCUGAAAAGGCAUCUCCCAUCAUAGAAAAGGCACCUGUUAUAGAGGAGCCACUUGUCGUGACAAUGCCAACCGUCGUCAACAAGCCAUUUGAUUUGGCAAUGACACCUGUUGAGAAAAGAACAUAUUUCAUGGAAGCGGCACCUCCUGUCGUGGAAAAGGUACAGCCUAUCGUGGAAAAGACGCCUUCCCCGGGAAAGGCACAUGCUACAGAAGAGACACACAUUGUGAGCAAGAAGCCUGUCAUGGAAAAGAAAGCAACUGCGGAAAAGAAGACACCCGUCGUGCAGAAGACACAGGUCGUGGGAAAGGCAUCUGCCACAAAGGAAACACCGUUCGUGAACAAGGUACGCGUACCUAUCAUGCAAAAGGUGCCUGUCCUGCUCGAGACAACUGUCUCGAAAAUGGCACCUUUCGUGGAGAAGUUCAGAAAGGAGAUUCGUGCCCUUCAGAACUAUCAAGAAGCCCCUUCAGCAGCAGAACCGGCCGCGACAAUGUCCGUCCUCUUCCUUUUCGUCUUGUACAUCACGCUCUUCACCUUGAUUUUCCGCCUCAAUGCAUCCUCGGUCCUUCUUUUCCUUCCACGGCUCUGA